CUCCCACUCCCAUUGGGUGUCCGGUUUCUGCUCAAACGUCCCCCAGAUCUGAGAUGGGGGCGAUGACGCCGCGCACGCUGCUCCUGCUGCUGGCGGCCGCCCUGGCCCCGACCCAGACCCGCGCGGGCUCGCACUCGCUGCGUUAUUUCGGCACUGCCAUGACCCAGCCGGGACACGGGGAACCGCGGUUCGUCGCCUUCGGGUUCGUGGACGACACGCGCUUUGUGUGGUUCGACAGCGACGCGGUCACCCCCAGAGAGGAGCCGCGGGCGCGGUGGAUGGAGGAGAAGCGGCCGGAGUACUGGGAGCGGCAGACUCGGAUCGCCAAAGCAAACGCGCAGAUUUUCCGUGAUAAUCUGAGGACCCUGCUGCGCUACUACAACCAGAGCGAAGCAGGGUACCACACCAUCCAGUCCAUGCGUGGCUGCUAUAUGGGCAGUGAUGGGCGCUUCCUCGGCGGGUACUACAGGACGGCGUAUGAUGGCGCCGACCACAUCUCUCUAAACGAGGACCUCCGUUCCUGGACUGCUGCCAACAAGGUGGCUCUGAUUACCCAGCGCAAGUACGAGGCAACGAAUGAGGCGGAGCACCACAGGGCCUACCUGAAAGUUACAUGCAUGGAGUGGCUCCGCAGUCAUCUGGAGAAGGGGAAAGAGAUACUGCAACGUGCAGAUCCCCCAAAGACACACUUGACCCAUCAUCCCAGACCUGAAGGUGACAUCACCCUGAAGUGCUGGGCCCUGGGCUUCUACCCUGCUGACAUCACCCUGACCUGGCAGAGAGAUAGGAAGGAACAGACCCAGGACAUGGAACUUGUGGACACCAGGCCUGCAGGGGACGGAACCUUCCAGAAGUGGGCGGCUGUGGUGGUACCUUCUGGGGAGGAGCAGAGAUACACAUGCCAUGUGCAGCAUGAGGGGCUGCCUGAGCCCCUCACCCUGAGAUGGGCCCCACCUCCUCAGCACAUAGACCUCAUUGUGGGAGUCGCUGCUGGGCUGGUUCUCCUUGGAGCUGCGGUCACUGCUGUGGUGUGGAGAAAGUUACCAAGGAGGAAUGUGUGACUGUGGAACUGAGCCAUAGGACGGUGAACGCACUAUAUCAUGAAGAGCUCCUGACUUCUUUUUCUGCAAUUAGCAUCUGACUAUGUCCAUCUGUGUGAGCAGUUGGCAAAUGUGAGUCUGUUCAGGCAAACUAGGAUUAGGGUUCUCUGUCUAUUGAGAACAGCACCUAGAUAUGAAUCUAUUUGGAAUUCUUACCCCAGGGUUGGCUGGUUUAGUGUAGAUGGAAGUUUGUCCUGCCCAGUCCCACAGCCGUUUAGUCCCAAAUAAACACACAGAGGCUUAUAUUAACUGUUUGGCCUGUGGCUCGGGCUUAUUGACUAGCUCUCUCUUAUUAACCCAUUUCUAUUAAUCUGUCUAUCUCCACGUGGUCUUGGCUUACCAGCGAUGCCUGGUUCUUCCUGGGCAGCUACAUGGCGUCUCCAUGACUCCACCUACUUUACAUUGGUCUUAUUGGCCAAUGGACAGGCAGCUAGCUGUUUCUGUCAUUUCUCACAUUUUUUUUUGGAAGUCACUUGCUUGCAAUUCCUGUUUAAGUGGUUAAUAUUAUUCCCUAGUAUAGCUAUAGUUUUCCUUGUUUAACAAACUCAAUAGAGAAACUCACUGAAGAUGUGUUAAGUGUAAUAGGUUUGAGAGACAUUAAAAGAUAAUGUGAUAAAGCAAACUAGCAUAGAAAGUAAAUUAGGAAUAAGACUUUGGACUCAUUAAGAAUAAAUAAUGGAGUACUUUCUCUGAA